UGUGAAACUGACGGUUCUCGUCUACGCAAAUGGUUAAAUGCUGCCGGUGGAGCCGGUACUCGUCUGGGUGCUGUUUCACAAGCGGUAUCGGUACGGGAUCUAGAAUUGGUUCUCUGUUACGAUCUGUCCUCCCUGGCUGAGUAUGCAAGUCGCCAUGGUGAAAUGACUCAAGCUGAUCUACAAUUGUUAAAAGUAGUCCUGGCCGGUGGUCUUUAUCCACAUGUGGCUAUUGGUGAUAAUGCCAAUGCAUAUCGAGUAGCCAAUCGAGGUGNAGUGAGUAGUGUUCAGUUGACAAAAGGUUUUGUCACACUACAUCCGAACGAUGUGUUCGUACGGAAUCCUGAUGUUUUGUUUCCGCGCAAUAAAUCCGAAGCAGAUGAAACACGGGCCGCACAAGAUUUACCGUCAGGCUAUGCCACGGAUCAUCAGCUUUUGAUGUAUUUAGACCUCAUGGAGACAACUCGACCGUUCCUCGUGAACACAUUGCGUGUACCCGCCCUUCCUACACUCCUGCUUUACAGUCGUGAAAUAGAUACCAAUGAGAAUGCAACACGUAUUGUUUUCGACUCGUGGCUCGAAGUUAACCUGGUGGAUAUAGAAGCAGCGCAGCGGGCUUUGGCUACAGUCAUAUGGUUGCGCACGCUGUUGGAUCGACUUAUGGAGUUGCAGUUAACGAGUAUGUCUAACCAAAAGUUUUAG